GAGGCUGUGGUGUGACAGAAAUGCUAAAUAGCCCUCUAGCUCGGGGAGGUUUCCUCAGUUAAACUCCGUGGUCGCCUUGCAAUCAGGUGGUAGACUUUCAGAAAAUGAAUACUUAAUUGAAUCGGGGGUAGUACUUCAGGGAAACAGGCUGAAACUUAAAAGCAUAAGGUAUGUAUUAAAAAAUAGUUGUAAACCUUAAAGAAUAGGCUAGAGUAAUCAUGAAUGAAGGUCUAAAGGAGUAAGUCUUAGGUUGAAAAGGCUAGAAAACAAGCUGUUAGCAUGCAACCCCUACCUCUUUACUUUGCAAAGGAAGAGUAAUCCAAGUUAUAACUGGAUUUCAAUUUCAGUUUUUUGCAUUUCACUAGUUAAUGCCCUUCAACUUUUCAAUACCUAGAAAUAUUCUAGUGCAAUGUUCUUAAUUUUUGAUACAGUUAAUACCCUUCAACGUUAACUACUCUAAAACAUUUUAGGUGUCAAAGUACUUAGUUUUAAUGGCAUUUGAUUAAUAGGGAUAGUAGUUGUCAUCCAUGGAAUUGCGUUAAACAGAUAGGACAACGGAGCACUUCAUACUCCUUACUGUUUCUAAGUGAGUCAUUCAAGGAGUGUGACUAAUCAUCCUACCAUACAGUUGUCAACAAAAGAGUAUUUUAUUUUUUUCCUUAACUACCCACAAAAUCAAAGAGAUUUCCAGAUUUUCUGUGGAUAACUGAUAACCAAAGAACCUAUCUUUUGAACAACACUUAAAAUUUAGAUUGAUGGGGACUACAUGUGAUGGACUUCUUAUCUUAAGAAUAUAUGUGGAAUUUUCUUGUGUGCAGCAGUACAGUGAUGUACCUGGGAAGUCGGUUAACUUAGAAUGGUCAUUGUCGGGCAAGCAGCCACAUGUUGUUUUAAGGCAUUUGUCUAAAUGACAACCUCACGUGAAACUGAAUUAAUUUUAUCAUUCCUCCUUCCCCCUGUCCCCGCUACACCUGUGUCAAGUUUUAAGUCCCCUGGGACAGAGGCACUUCAGUAUUCAGUGCAGUCUGGAUUGGGGAUUUUCAUGGUAAUAGUGUUAAUUAGGUAAUUUUCACGAUGGGUGUUGCCAAGCUAAUGAUAGUGCUGCCUGGGGGUUGGGUGGGAACCGCUUUUGUUGUGAGGAAACCGGGGUAGUAAGAGGAAGAGCUGGAUGAGAAAUUUGUGUUAGGAAGUGUGACAGGGAAGUAACCUGAUUUGAACAUAGCCCUUGUAGGAAAUUGAAGUCAGCAGUUAUCUACAGCUUGUGAGACUGAGCCAAGAGGACAACAUUGAUUAAAGAGAAAAAAUAUUAUGGGAAUGGAAAAUGUCUUGAAGGAAAGAUACUCAAGAUUUAAUUUUUUUGAAGUCAAAUGAGUUAGAGCUCAUUUAAGGGAGAGGGAGACAAGAUUUUAAAUGCACCAAAAUGUAGUGUAGGACACAGGAGGAAGAUGGUUGAUUUGGAAGAAGUGUGUUUGGAAAUGCAGUUACCUGGGACAGGGGCUGGUAAGGGGAAGUAACAUGAAGUGUGGAAAUAGUGAAACCAAGGAUACAUCAGAAUGGAUCCUGCAAAGAAUGUAAAAAAGCAGGUGUUACAGGUGCCUUUUGUUAAACAGGAAGCACAAUUGAGAGGACACUUUAUCGUCUUUAAAAUAGAGAGUGGAAGAACAGGUUUCCUUUAGAAAAUAGCAAAGUUGAGGAGUGGUCUGAGGAUUGAGUCCUAACCAGAGGGAGGUGGUAAUGACACAAAAAUCAAUGGAGAUGAUGCCUCUUGGACACUGGAAGGUUAUUCUUGCCUUCUAACAGUGUGGUCCCACUGGUUCAAUAUUUGGACAGCUUGGCAUUAUCAUUAUGGAUCGCUCCCGGCACCGUGCGGGAAAUGGCAGUGAGCAGGCGCCUUCACGGGAGCGCAGCGGUGAAGGUGAGAGACAGCGGCAGCUGGAGCGCCUCAGCAGGGAGGAGGCCUAUUACCAGUUCAUUAACGAGCUCAACGAGGAGGACUACAGGUUAAUGAGGGACCGAAACCUGCUUGGCACUCCUGGAGAAAUAACAGCAGAAGAGUUGCAGCAACGUUUGGAGGGGGCUAAGGAGCGUCUGACAUCACAGUCUGAUCUGGAUAACAGAGAAGGUGAAGGUAGAACUGUUGGAGAUUCUGAAGUUCUUGGGGAAAACUCCACCGGCGACUCUUUGCUUGAAUGGCUUAAUGCAUUUCGUCGCACAGGAAACGCCACCCGCAGUGGGCAGAGUGGGAACCAAACCUGGAGAGCAGUGAGUCGAACGAAUCCAAACAGUGGGGAGUUUCGCUUUAGUCUCGAAAUCAAUAUAAAUCAUGAUCAUAACAGUUUUGAAACUUCUGGUGAGGAGUAUGUUGAUAUAGAUGCUACCAGACUGUAUGUAGAAAGAAGACGUCAGCUAGUUGCCAGUUCAGUAGCCUCACGGACAAGGAGCAUGGCUGCAAGAGAGGCAAACAACGAAGCUGCAAGGACCAGGCUUUUAAGACGUGCCAUGGCAUUAAGGUCAGAAAUAGUCUCUCAUGCGGUCUCAGGGAGGCUCAGGAGUAGAACGAGAGAGCUGACAGGCCAGACAAAUAAUACUACACGAAGCAAUUCCAUGGCUGCUGAUGAACCAAGAGAAAUGCCAGAAAGAGGUACUUCUGCAGGGGUCAGAAGGGGUAGAGCUAGAACUAAUGUCCGGAUGAAUACAAACCAAAGACUAGAAAUUUUGCGGCUGAGGUCUACUCUAAGUAGUCGAAGCCGCUCCCCGCUGCAAAGGCAAGGUGAUGCUGCUCAUUCUGAGGAACGUGGUCAGAGGCAGGAUAGAAAUGCACAGCAGGUCAACAGAAGUAGGAGACAAACGGCUCAGGCUUCUCCACAGCCUACUGAAGAGCAAGCAAGAAGUAACACUCAGGCUUCCCAGCUUUCCAGUGUAGCCCCAUCCUUGCGAACAGCUUCAGAAGAGGAAGAACCUGGUAGGCCAGUAGCUGCUGCCAGAAGGCACCCAACAAUUACACUAGAUCUUCAGGUGAGAAGAAUUCGUCCUGGAGAAAACAGAGACCGGGACAGCAUUGCCAGUAGAACUCGUUCUAGAGUAGGAAUGUCAGAAAACACAGUUACCUUUGAAAGUGACAGUGGAGGGUUUCGGCGCACGAUAUCCCGCUCAGAACGCGCAGGUAUUCGGACCUACAUUAGCACUAUACGGAUACCUCUUCGUCGGAUUUCAGAAACUGGGCUUGGGGAACCUUCAUCAGUGGCACUUCGAUCAAUCCUUAGACAGAUAAUGACAGGCUUUGGAGAACUGAGUUCUUUAACAGAAUCUGAAUCUAAUUCAGAAGUGCAAAGAGGCGGCCAUCACUUAGCGGAUGCACAGAAUAACUCAAGUUCAGCGAAUGGCAGUGAUCCCAGUGGGGUUUUGUCUAGAAAUGGACACGCAGUAGAUGGCAGCAGGGAAAGAAGUGGACAGAGGGGCAGUCAACGCGCCGGGCGCAAUCAUGAGAGCCAAGACAGCAGGCAGUCUCAAGAUGCAAACAACCUAGUGGAGAAUGGAACGCUGCCCAUCCUUCGACUUGCCCACUUCUUCCUGCUGAAUGAGGAUGAGGAUGAUGAUCGUUUAAGAGGUUUAACCAAAGAGCAGAUUGACAAUCUUUCUACACGGAACUAUGGGGAUGUUCACACUGAAAAUGAAUGGAGUAAAACGUGCAGUGUUUGCAUUAAUGAAUAUGCAACAGGGAAUAAGCUAAGGCAGUUACCUUGUACGCAUGAGUUUCAUAUUCAUUGUAUUGAUCGCUGGCUUUCUGAAAACUCCACCUGCCCAAUUUGUCGGCAGCCAGUUCUGGGGUCUAAUGCCACAGAUAAUGGCUAGAAUUGUUUGUACUGCUCAGCACUCAAGGAUUUGCUCCUGCUCUGUUAUGAGCCAGAUGAAAUUCAUUGACUUAGAUAUGGGUCCAUUUGUGGGGGCAGUUUUGUUAAAUUUCUUCAAAAAUUAUAGAAACUUAUCUAAAUCUAACAAUGUAAAUACUAUUUUUUCCAAGUGCGGAUCUAGGAGCACACAUAGAACCAAAUGAUAUUGGUAAAGUUUAUAUUUUUUUAGAUAAUUUUGUUAUGCUAAGCACUUUUGUAAAUACAGAAAUGCAAUAGUUAAUCAGUCCUGCUUAAUGUAUGUUUUUUAACAUUGUAAUGGACUCGCUUUAUUUAGAUUACAAAAUGUUUCACACAGACCCACCACUGUGUUGAAAAAAUAGUGGCUAAAUAGCCAUUUGUUAGCUUUUUGUUCUAAGAACAAUUUCUUUUACAGAGAGUCUCUUGCUGGACAUGUUUGCUGAAGAUAUUUAAGUUACUUGAAGUGCUCAUUUUUUAAUUUUUUUUUUUAAACAUUGAAAUAUCCUUUCCAAAAACUUGCCAAUUUGGUUCUAUUUAAAAAAUUCUAUGGCAAUUUUUGCAUGUGGGUUUACACAGUUCUUAACGUUGAUGAGUUCUUAUUCAGAAGUGGAUGAGUUAGUGGCAUUAUGAAAUGUAUAUAAUUAAAUGCUGUCUUUGACAAUCUUUGUCUUUUUAGUGCAGACAGCAAUCAAAUCUGAUAAUUCCGAGAGGGUGUGUCUUACUUGCUCAAAGAAUAAAUGAGCACUAAGGAAGCCUUUUUACUCUUCCAAAUUACUCAAUCGAUAUUCCUGGGGUUUUAACUGCCUUAGUUUAAAGAGGGGAAACAUUUCCUUGACCGUUAUAUUGUCUAUAAUAUGCAUGUUUUGGGCAUCCUACUCAGAAGAACAAAACAAAGACUUGAAGUGCUUUUGUAUAGAAAUUUAAGGUACACAUGUAGUGUUAGUCCUCUUGAAACACGCCUGAGGACCAAGUGGCAAAAGACACUAAAAGGAGAAAAUAAACUUCCCUGAAAAUCCCCAGUAUCUGUAUAAUUAGAUAUUAAACUUUAUACCAAUGACUUACACUGAAAUAAAGUUGCAAGUUAAAUAA